ACUUGUCCCCAGCAAGGAGCAGACAGUGUGGGGGCUGAUCACAUGCCGUCCCUGCCCCCCAGGAAGGCAUGAGUCACAGGUGGGCUGCCUCACACCAGCAGGCAGGCCCCAGUGAGCUGAGGGAGAUAAAUGGGGCCUGAUGGGGGCACAGGGUCAGACCCCAGCCCAGCACUGCCUGGCCCGGAGUCCCCAGGGGAGGCUGCUGCGGUAGGUGGGGCCGGUCAGGGUGGGGGUGGGCAGCAGGGCCCUGAGAGCCAGCGGGUCUGGGGAUCUGGGGUUCGGGCUCAGGGGCCUCUGGUUGCUUGUGUGCCUCAGGAACCUCCACGGUGCCCUUCAUCCUGGGUGUUCUCAGACCUCCUCUCUGCACUGCCCUCUGCUCCGUGUUCCUAGUGCGCUGUCGCCUCUGGGGCGGUCUCUGUCCCUUUUCCAGUCUCUCUUGAUCUGCUCUGCCUGUGUUUCAUCCCCCUCGUAUGAAAUACAUCCAGCCUGACCCCAACACAGCUGCGUCUCCAGCUCUCCGGCCCCCUCUGGCCCCCUCUCGUCCCUGUCUGUCUGUCCCUGACCGGGCCUCUCCUGUCUGUCUGCCUCCCCAUCUGCCUCUGUCUGUGAGCCACAGCCAGCCAGAGUGCCUUCCCUGAGCCUGUUUUCUCCCUGCAGCCUGAGUGCACGAUGGCCAGGUGGGGUCUCCUUGUGCUGCUGGUCCUGACGUUGGGCAGGGCCCUGCUUGUCCCAGCGACCCCUAUCCCAGCCCUCCAGCACCUUCCUCAGAGCUCUCCCCAGGCCACCCCAGGCCUUCUGGCCUCAGGGAGCCCCUCGGCCAGCAGCGCAGGCCUCUCGGCUGCUCGGGCUCCGCCACAGCCAGGCCCCCGCAUCACCCUCUCGCUGGAUGUCCCCAUCGGCCUCCUGCAGAUUUUACUGGAGCGGGCCCAGGCCAGAGCGUCGAGGGAGCAGGCCUCUGCCAACGCGCGCAUCAUGGCUCGUGUUGGCCGCCGCUGAGCCUGGGGGUGGAAGCUGCAAUGAUGGGGCUCCCCUGCAUGGGGACACCAGGAGGGCAGCGGCUGAGCUGGACAGGUGUGUCUGGACGCUGCCAUGUGAGGUCGCUGCCAUGUGGUGUCGUUUCACAUCUGAGUACCUCACGGAGUCACAGUGUCCGGAUAGCCAGGACUUAAUGCCAGGGGGCUGCCCAGUGGGGUCUUGCCGUGCUGGGAGCCCCACAGAUCACAGUAUGUCCGGGCAGCUUGGCCACUACUGCAGAAGGUCCCUGCGAUGCAUGGUCACACCAAUGCCACUUUCAGGGGCCCAACACUGCAUGAGACUGCUGGUCAGCACCACCCCGGAGGCCACCACGUGGGAGGUGCGGGCUGAGGGUCACACGCACGCUUCCUGCUCCGUGAGGCAGCGCCCAGCCCCGAUGACUGGGGCAGUGUGGGUAUCUCCAGGCACAUACGCUGUCCAUGGAGUCUGGCUGUGGCAGCCUCACCUCAUGGUUCAUGUGUGGCUGUGUCUGUAUCUGACGUCAUGUGUGUGAGCAAAGCAUGUGAGUGGCUGGGAGGAACAGGUGUCACCCUUCAAACCUGCGUGAAGCAUGUUCAGCACACAACCAGGACGCGCACCCCGCCUCUGCCUGUGGGCUCAGCCCAGGCAGGGGGUCUCCAGCCCAAUGCCACCCCUCCCCAGUGGAGUUGUCCUGAGCUCACCUUUCCCAUUCUGUUUCCUCCCCCCUCCGGCCUGCUGCUGGGAGCUCUGGGUGACAGUGUGCAAAGGAAGGCUCAGGCAUUCAGGCAGCAUUCAAUAAACAGCGACUGGA